AUGGCAAACAUUGAGAAGCUUAAGUUCCCAGCUCUCAAAAUAACUGGAGCAAACUACAUAGCAUGGAUCACCGAUGUAGAACUUUAUCUAGAGUCGGAAAGGUUAAUCAACACCAUAAAAGAGGGAAAUGAAUCGUCUGCCCAUGAUAAGGCAAAGGCAAUCAUUUUCCUGAGGAAACAUCUAGAUGAAAAUAUGACGCAUGACUAUGCGCACAUAAAAGAUCCAGCAGAGCUAUGGCAAGCUCUCAAAGAAAGGUUUGACAACCAGAGGGAAAUAAACCUUUCCCAUGCUCUUGAAGAGUGGAAAAACUUGAGGUUUCAAGAUUUUGAAAAGGUUGAGGAAUAUAAUUCCGCUAUUCUGAGAAUAGUCUCACAACUGAAAUACUGUGGUAAACCCGUCACCGAUGCAGAAAUGCUCGAAAAGACGUAUCUCACAUUUCAUAAGGAACAUCGUGUUCUACAAGAAAUGUAUAGAAAUUGUGGGUAUACGAGAUUCUCUGAAUUGAUCGUAACACUCAUAUUAGCAGAGAAGAAUAAUGAACUUCUCAUUAGAAACCACAAUUCUCGACCUACGGAAACCAAAACAUUUCCUGAAGCAAAAGCAACGGUUGUAGAAAAACCUCAAAUCAGCCUCUUCUUUUAG